AUGACGGCGCCCUUGCCUGAAUACGGCCUCGACGAGGGCCUCUUGGCUCAACGUCGGUUCAAAAAGCACAAGGCCCUCCCGCGUCCUCGGCAGGGAGGGCUUGAUUACACCCGGUCGGCCGCCGUCGAGUACGAUCUCGUCAUCGAUACUACCCCUGUGGUCCACAUAGCCGGCUCGCAACCCUCGAGUCCUCGCACCUUGAAGCAUGAAUCGAGGCGGAUAGGCUCCGGUCCCGACCUCCCUCCAACUCCACCGAACCACUCCCGAAACUCUUCGAGUAGCCACUCUGCACUGCCCUCCAGCCCGACCCUCAACGAAAACAGCUUCGUUCAGACGCCUCCACGAAAUGCGGUACAGCGCUCCAUUGCGACCCCUCCCGAUCAACGAAGCCCCCCAACGCCAGACGUUACUCCUCCCGGCCCGGCCUCGCGACCUCGCGUCCUGCGCCCUUCAGCCCUCGAUCGCAGCUUUUCCCGCACGACCGAUUCGCGGACCGAGUCCUUCAAGACAGCCAGGGAGGAGCCUCUGUCAUCCGACGACGAAGGUGGCAAGUCCACGGUGCGGCCGGCGAUUGGCUCUGCCAACACCUCUCGUAGCACAAUCCUCCCUGUCGCCGACGCCCAGCCCAGUAAGGUCGUGCAACCUCAAACUCUGGACAUGGCCCUGGAGCACCUUCAAGCAACCCCCACAGACAUCUACACUCCGCGCACGAAGGGAGAAUUCGGCAGGUUCGACGGGGACUGGGGCACCCAAAGCGAUGUCGAGCAAGAAUGGGAUGACAACUUGCAACGACAGGUGACGGUGAAGAAGAGGCAGCAAGAGACUCGCACACCACGGAGUCCACGCCACGAUGAGCACAAUGAUGUAAUUGACGAUGACGUGGCCACUCCAACGAACGCGACAAAGGCUGUGCGCCAGAUGUCUCUUCGCGAAACGGCUGAGACCAACCCAUCUCCUCCGCGCAAGGCCUUGAAUAAGCUCCAUCAGGCACCAAAUCCUGGCCGCAAGGAGGCGAUAGGACGUGAGCCGCAGCUUGAGCCAAGCCUUAUGCCGGAGAUCGAUGUUCACUCGCCAACAAGCAACCAUCGCUUUGACAAGGGGGAUGCUCAUGACCAUCUCAGCCUGGGCAAGCCCGACGAUGGCGCAUCCUCCAAAAGGUACUCGUCAAGGAACACACCUUUCUCAAUUGCAUCGUUCGAAACGUCGGGUACAGCACCAGAGCUGGUAGAGGCCUUGGCUGUUCAUAUGUAUCCUCAUCAGAACUCUUCUGUUGUCGUGGUGCAUCACUCGGCGAAGCCUUCCGAAGCAUCUGACUCGACGAACAAGGAGACGGCCGCCGAGGAGGUACCGGACUUGCCGAAGAUAACGGCCACAAACCCUGACGGGAGACUGGCGACACCACCACAGCAGCGUGAGUCUCUGGAUGAGGUCGACUCUCCCCUGCGCAAUCCUCGACCACCGCCGCAGCCGCCGAAACAUCCACCGGCGAUCAACUUCAUCCCUGCCACUCCGUCCGGGCUGACUCCGGCAGAGGAGCGCCUCGUGCAGCUCGGGAACUUCUACGAGGCCACCGAGAGUAGGCCUCCGCGUCGACCUUCCCUCGUAAGACGGGCAUUCAGUCGCCGCCGCCACUCCAUCGACUACCCGCCGACGGCGUCAAAGGCCCCCGGAUUUCUGACAAGGACAUUCUCCCUGUCUGGCGUCACGCGUCGGGGUUGGCCAGCUGCCAAGGACGGGGAGAACCCAGACGCAAUGCCGGGAUAUCCGCGGGAGGACGACAAGCCGAGUGACGAGGACAAAUUACAUCCUUACUGGCGCCCACAGUGGCCGACUGACGACGGCUUGGAAUGUGAUGGCUCCUGUGAGCACGAGGGCCACGACCACGAAGACGAAAUCUACCGAUACCCUCUGGUGGACAAUCGACCCCGCAAGCCAGUGAGGAGCCUGAGCGCCAAGAUGAAACGGACCUUUGCAAUCUUCCCUACCCGGGACGACGAAUUCUUUCCUGCCGACAGUUCAGAGGGCCCAGAUAGACGCACAAUUCGGCGAACUCCUAGUGGGAACUUGAGGGUAAUGCGUCGCCGACCCAGCGGAGAGUCACUCAAUCGGAGAGAAAGCAUGUUCGACAGGGCCUGGCCCAGGAACGAUGACAGGCCCAGGCAGCCAUUCUGGCGCUCGCGCAGUCUGCAACGCCGCGCCAGCAAGGAGAGAGUGCGCAGAGCCUCCUCUCUGGGCAGCCGCCUGGAGGGCAUCCAGAACCUGCCACGGCUGUUCAGCGAGCGAAGGCGGGAGAGGCGAACGCAGGAGCUACGCCAAAUGAUCAGCGGGCCGAAGGAGGUCCGGGACGGAGUGGACGAGGUGAUCAAGCCGAUGAGCGCCAGAAAUCGGCAGUACGACAGCAACGCCAUGGUUUGA